AGCUAGUAGCAACAAAGUAAAAUUAGGCAGUAAAAGUAUGAGUUUAUAGCCAUAAAGCUUUCAACUAUGGCUGACAAAAUGGACUUCAAAUACACUAAAGAAGUUCUACCAAAGUAUAAUUGUUCCAUCUGUACCGAUGUACUGACCGAUCCUAUGUUGACGGACUGCUGUGGUCAGCACUUUUGUAAGACCUGUCUCAAUAAAUGGUUCAGAGAGGAGGGGCUAAAAUCGUGUCCCCAUUGCCGUAGCGACGCAUUCACACAUAUUAUUGAUAAAUCUAAACAGAGAGAGAUCAACGAGUUACACGUGGAAUGCCCUAAUAAGGAAUAUGGGUGUGAAGAACACAUCACCCGUGGCGAUCUAAAGAAACACAUGACCAAAUGUACGCACGUUACAAUCCAGUGUACCAAUAAAUGUGAAGAUAUUAUGUUCAGGAAAGACUUAGACGAACAUCUUAGAGAGCAUUGUCAAAGCCGAAAAAUUAAUUGUGAGCAUUGUGGGAAGAAAGGAAAACACUCGGCAAUAACCAGCCUUCUACACUUAUGCAUAUGUACUCACCUGCCUGUGGAGUGCUCUAAUGAUUGCCAACAAGAGGGGAUAAUGCGUAAGGACCUUCAAAAUCAUCUAGACAAAGAAUGCGUAAAGAGACAAGUAUAUUGCGAGCAUUGUGACGAACGUGGUGCUUUUGAGUAUAUAACUGACAUGCAUUUAGAGGAGUGCCUACAUGUCCCGAUAAAUUGCCCCAGGGGAUGUUUAGAAGACGACAUCACAAGAAGUACGCUAGACGAUCACAAACUAGUAUGUAAAAUGGAGCCUAUACAAUGCACUUUUUACGAGUUAGGCUGUAAGGAAAAUAUACUACGGAAAGAUUUGGAGACACAUAAUGAGCAGAGCAUACAGCAACACUUGGUCUUAAUGAUGAAGACGGGGGCUACUGUACAGAGCAGUUUGAGAAUGGAGAAUGAAGCUAUGAAAACUGAAAUUGAAACCUUGAGGACAGAAAUGGAUGCAUUGAGAGGAGAGUUGGAAGAGCUGAGACUAGAACACACACAAUUGAAGGAACAUAAUGAGGAGCUAGAUCAGGUGGACUAGCUAGAGUGCAGUGUGCAUGUAUUAAUGUUUGUGCUA